AAGUUAAAAAGACGAUUUCACUACAACUGUUGAGUGUUUUUACCUUUGUUUAAAAAUCGAAUCGACGUAAAAAUCCUCCAAGCUAUUUCGGUUGAACGGCGUCUCAGCGCGCAUUAAUUCGUUGCCACACAGCUCGUACGUUGAGGCGGCUCACUCAUUGGCAUCAUGGACGACGAGUUCGACGACUAUUUCACGGAAGAAGGGCGAAACUUACUAAAACUGGACAAUGAUCCAGAAUACGAGGCAGGUGCCUUCUUCCGCUCUAAUCUCCGUCAAGUUCGCGAAUCCCUGAGCCCCAGUGAAUUCCGAAAAUUUACCGAACUCGAGGAUGACUCAUCACGCGUUGCUUUCAUCUUGUCGAUACCGUUGGCUCACGAGCUGCCACUCGAAGUCGACAACGACGAAUUCAAGGAUCCCAUGGCGACCAAGGACAAGAAGGAGUCCGGAAAUGCAGCUUUUAGUUUGCAGCAUUAUCCAGUUGCUAUCGAGGACUACAACAAUGCUGCGAUUGUGGCACCCAAAGAAGAACUAGGCAUCAUCUUUGCCAAUCGAUCUGCGGCUCUCUAUCAUCUCGAGCGUUUCCGUUUGGCUUUGCGCGACUGCGACGAGGCGCUCAAAGUCGGAUAUCCGGCGCACCUGCGCUACAAAGUCGAAGAACGCCGGGCUCGUUGUUUCCUCGGCCUCAAGUGCCAUAGCCUGGCUAUCGAGGCUUUCCAGCGAGCUUUGAAGAGUUUGGACGAGGCCAAAGUGGCGCCGGAAAAGAAGAAAAAGCUCGAGACCGACAUGAGAGUCAUGGCGUCGGUCCUUCAAAAGGCCCAACAAAUGAACGAGAAGGAAGGCGUUGACCUAAACAAGAUGAAACAGUUGGAGAAGAGUCGCUUGAAGGACAAGGACGAGAUUCCGCGCGUACCCGAGGUCAAUCCAGCUUAUCCGGCGUUAAGCGCAUCUAUCGAGAUUCGCGACGGAGGCGCUAGCCGAGGAAGAUACGCCGUUGCCACCAGAGACAUAGCGCCCGGCGAGCUCGUCGCCGUGGAGAAGCCCCACUGUUUGGCUCUGCUCGGAGAGUAUCGUCUGACGCACUGCCAUCGCUGCUCUACUCGCAUCGGUGUCGCCUAUCCCGCGACUUGCUACAAGUGCAGCAGCAUAGCCUACUGCAGUCCAGAUUGCCGCGACAAAGACACACGAGUCCACGAAAUCGAGUGCGCCAUGUUGCCGCCUUUGUGGUGCUCCAACGCCUCGGUCACGUGCAUGUUGGCUCUGCGGGCAAUUACCCACAAGCCCUUCGAGCAAUUUAUCAAACUUAAAGAUCCAGAGCUGGUUAAAAGGCAAACCCCGAGUAAAGAAAAACCCUAUCUCGGCAAGGAUUACAGAACUUUUACGAAUUUAGUUACUCACCAAGACGAGCGAACCGUCGAAGACCUGUUUCAUCGGUCUUACGUGGCCGCUUGGUUAUUCAGGAUUUUACAAAUGACCUCUUAUUUCCCUCCUCACGUUAGGACUCCCGAUUCGGCUCAAGUACCGCUCACCGAAGAGGAACUUUUCGUUGCUGGUUCUAUACUUCAUCAUAUCCAACUACUGCAGUUUAAUGCUCACGAGAUAUCAGAAUUCACCAGAUCAAGAAAAAAAAUAGAUUUGAGUAAAGGUUCCAAUCAGUUUAUAGGUGGUGGGUGUUUUACAACCAUGGCACUCUUCAAUCACUCUUGCAACCCUAGUGUUGUGAGAUAUUUCGUCAAAGAUGCCAUGGUCGUCAGAACUGUAAAGUCUAUAUCAGCUGGCGACGAAGUGAAUGAAAAUUAUGGCCCUAUAUUUACAGAAACACCGGAAAAAGAACGGAAGCGCGUAUUGAGGCUGCAUUAUUGGUUUGAUUGUGAAUGCGAACCUUGCUCUAAACACUGGCCUCUCAUCGGCGACAUUGAUCCAAAUAUUCUAAGGUUCAAAUGUGAAACUGGUUCAUCUUGUGGCAAUAUACUUGAAGUAAAAAUCAACACCGACCUCUUCAUGAUACCAUGCGUCAAAUGUGGAAAGAGUACCAACAUAUUAAAAGGAUUAAAAGCCAUGCAAGAGACCGACGCCCUUUACAAAAGUGCGCAAGAAAAGAUCAAAGAGGGCAAAGCCGAAGAAGCUUUGACAUCAUUACUCGACAUUUUAAAGAUCCUUGAUGAAACUUUAGCUUUACCUAUAAGAGAUUAUCACUUAACGCAACAAAGCGUUAGACAAUGUAUGUUGGCGUUAGGUAAUAAUGCAUUGGUUUAG